GGCGACCCGUGUGCCUUCCUCCACCCUCUACCCUCUCUCUCUCUCUCCUCUCUCUCCCUUCUGCGUUCCUUGGCGCUGCAUUGUCGCACUGAUCGUAGUCGGCCAACGAUCUGCUUAAUCCAGUAAUCCUGUAACAACACAGAGAGAGAGAGAGAGAGAGAGAGAGAGAGAGAGAGAGAGCGAGCGAGAGAGAGAGAGAGAGAGAGAUCAGUUGUGAAAUUGUCGUCCUGGAUUGUGAUCUGUUUCGGGGCUCGUAAUCAUGGCUGCGGGGUGCCAGGCGACGAUGUCGGCGCCGUCGUUUUCGUCACACGUGCUGUGUCAGCUGCAGCAGCGGCAUAAUGUUACAAGCUUACCGUCAUUGCCGGCUAUGGCGGAACUCGUUGCUUGGGGGGGCUCCACGUGGCAUUGGUGCAAAGAUCGGAGUAUUUCUGCGUCGUCUAUACCUCGACCAGCUGAUGAUUCCGUUCGUCAUCGCCUUCAUCAUCCGAUACGGGGCAGACUGUCGUCAUCAGCCACAUCAUCUCGCCUAUGGAUGCCGAAUCGACGGCGGAGAUCUGCCGUAGACACGGUGCGACGGCAGAAUUCCCGCGCUUGUCCUUCACUUUAUCGGCAGGAAAGCCAGACGAACGACAAUGAUGAUGGCCGGUAUCGGGAUCGAAGGAGCAGGCGGAGCAGGUGUCUAGAUACAGUCGUGAUCGGGGAACGCUUAAUGCCCAGGAGGAGCGGUGUCAGAAGGUGUCAGAACAGCGCAAGCUGCAAGGAACGGACAGUGUACGAUUGCCACGUGGCAGAGCUUGGACGCGUUGCUGCCACAAUGGCCCCCAGACGAUCCGCCUCCUGCGCCUCCUCCUCUACGGAUUUACUGCUCGCUUGUCGACGUGGAAGCUGCAGACGAUGUGGAGAUGGUCACCAUAGUCCGUCCCGCGGUGGAGCUGGGAAAUUUGGACACGUGGAUCCUACAGACACUUCGGUUCCUAAGAGCGGCACCUCGAUGACGACAGAACCAACCUUUGCUUUUGCAGGCUUAGGCUCUCAAGCGUGGAGUGCGCACUGCUGGUCUUCAACGUAUAAAAAUGCAAAUGCGAUGCUGGCCUGGCGGCCGGGAUCUGAGCUCGCAGAACGAUGCCGGUCCUCCUUGACAUCAAGAGGACUGCAGUGUGAAAGAUGGGGAUUGGGGCAUGCGAAAAUGAGGCGAAGCAAGAUAACCAUAGCUGCGCUGCACUCUACGACAGCAAGACCGAUUGAUGAGGAAGAUGACGACUCAUCUGCGACAGCAGUUGCUGAAUUGAUAGCAGGCACAGCGGCUCGCCCUGCGUCACUGUUUGCCUCUUUAUUGGCUUGGGUGGAUGCCUAUGUUCGCUUCACGAGGCCUCACACGGUCAUUGGGACGGAAGCAGAGGAAGAUGUUCUGACGCGGCGGACGAUGGAGGAUGAACAAAGGAUGGCGUGGAAGCUUGCGAUGAUGAGGGAGAAGAAGAGAAGAGUGGAGGCGGCGAAUGCAACAAUACAGGAAUUGGAGGAGGUGCGGAAAUUGAGAUUACAAUUGACACCCCAGGUAGCUCUCGAGCGGAAGGUGGAGAUCAUUGCCCAGAGCGUCGAGCGUUUAGCCAAAGUGCAAGAAAAGCACUAUGAGUUUAGUCGCAGCCAGGAGAUAUCUGUGCGUUCGAUGCGAACGGGAUUACGGGACUUUGCUCGUGAGUUAGUGGGCGCUGUGGGGACUGAGGUGAGUCACCGCCUCGAAAAGACUGUGCGUUUUUGUGUCGGCGCCAUUGAGGGCGUCAAGGUGGCAGCUCCCAAGGAGGAGGAAACUCGUCCUCGCAGGGAGCCAGUCAAAGUCAAAUUCCCUGAUUCCUACAAUGGAAAAAGGGAAGAGAACUUUGACAAUUGGGAGGCCAAUGUCAGGACCUAUGUGCAUCUGCAACAGGUCUCCCCGGAUCAGCAGGUCCUAAUUGCGAUCCACACGCUUAAGGAUGAGGCCGCUAGUUUUGCAAGGUCCCUUGUUCGCGCUGCUAACUGCAGUGAUGAUCCAGUUGCAUACUCCAUAUUCACCCCCCUCGUUGAGUUCCUAAAAUUGCUGCGCGAGCGAUUUGCUGAUGUCGCUCGUAGUGUUAAAGCGUCAGAUAGGCUGCAGACGAUCCACGCCCGCAAGUGGAAGAGUGCCAAGGCACUCAAGAGUACAAUGGAUGAGUUAGUGGCUGUCCCUGACCAUGGGGUUACGGACACCCAGUUGGUCGGCCUCUUCUAUCGGGCCAUACCCGAAGCCCUUCGAGGGCAUUUCUUCGCAAAGAGCGAAGACCCUGCCACUACGUACGAUUCUCUUAGUCGCGAAGUGGUGGCUUUUGAAGCCAAGUCUGCGUCUGUGUCCACCUUCUGGCACAAAGACUUGGAUAAGGGAAAGCAAUGGAAGGGCCGCACUAUUUCGGGGCAAGUGAAAACUAAGGAUAGCCUUGUCCUGACCUUAGAUGAGGGUAGUGUGGACGAGAUCCCCUACGAUCAGAUUGAGUGGGGGUUAGAGGAGGAGGACAGUGGUGUGGGCCAGGGGAAGACUUACGCUGCUGUCGCGGCUGGAGGGAGGCCGCAAGGAGGACGAGGCCAGGGCCAAGUGGGCCGGGCCUUAGGGAGCCGGUCUCAGGGCGAUCAGGGGGUUGGCGGCAGAGGAGGAAACCGCCAAGUGGGAGGCAGGGGUCAAGGUCCCCCGCAAAACCGGCCUAGGAAUAGGUCUCCCUAUAGGGUAGGAGGAUGGCACCCAUGGCUACCGCAGGGUGUGGCCGAAGAGUUGAAGGAGAGGAGGCCCGCCUGGGCCAAGAUGAAGAAGGAGAAUAAAGGGCAGCUAAUCUUAUUAGAUGUAGAGAUUUUUAAAGGUAGAGUAGGGGCCCUAGUAGACUCAGGGGCUACCCGCAGCUAUAUUAGUAAGAAAGUGCUGCAGAAGUUGAAGCUGGGACUUAAAGUCCAAAAGUUAGCAGACCCUAUAGUUAGUAUCCUCGCAGACAAUCGUACAAUGGUUGUAGAGGAGUAUGUAGAGGGAGUCCAGACGUAUUUUCGCCUAGAGAAGGAUGGGAAAGUGGAGAAGGUCCUCCACUCCCUGACUCUCCUCGUAGAAGACACCCUCCCAUUUGAUAUUGUUCUGGGAAUGGAUUGGGGAGAGGCUGCCGGGGCCACGCUCCAUUUGAAAGAGCAUGAGUGUAGGCUCCCUAGUUCGUCAGCCGAGGCUAAGACUGCCCACCUGUUCCAUGUGUCAGGAGUAGAGAAUUCCUUGGCGCAUUGCUACCUUAGUGCCCCCGCGUUCGCCAGAUUAGUAAAGAAGGAGAAACUGGAGGAACAGGUCUUUGUCGCCUAUGUUAGGCCGGUAACUGAGCCUACGGAAGAAAGGCCGAUGGACCCUGCGAUUGCCAAGCUGCUGGAAGAGUUUAAGGAUUUGACUGAGCCGCCGUCAGGCACGGUGCCUCAGCCCAUCCAGCACCGUAUUGAGAUCGAGCCUGGCACUAGAACUCCUAAGGGCGCUAUGUAUAGGAUGUCCCCACGGGAGUUAGAGGAGCUUCGCAAGCAGUUAGACGAGCUCCUCGAGAAGGGUUGGAUUAGGCCUAGUUCGUCUCCGUUUGGAGCGCCUGUUCUCUUUGUCCCUAAGAAAGAGGGAGAGUUGAGGAUGUGCAUAGACUAUAGGGGUCUGAAUGCUAUUAUAGUAAAGAAUGCUGAGCCACUGCCUAGGAUAGACGAUCUCUUAGAUCGAGUGCAGGGGGCGAAGUAUUUUUCUAAGAUAGAUUUGAAGUCCGGAUAUCAUCAAAUAGAGGUGCAUCCUGAUGAUCAGUAUAAGACAUCCUUCCGGACUAGAUAUGGGCACUACGAGUUCAUAGUGAUGCCCUUUGGACUAACCAACGGGCCAGCCACGUUCCAGCGCUGUAUGAACGAUUUGUUUAGGCCGUGGUUAGACAGAUUUGUUGUAGUUUAUCUAGAUGACAUUCUAGUGUUUAACAGGACCCUCGAAGAGCAUCAGGGUCAUCUCAGGCAGGUCUUGGAGAAGCUGAGGGAAGCUAACUUCAAGAUCAAUGCAAAGAAGUGCGAUUGGGCGAAAACCCAAGUUUUGUACUUAGGCCACGUCUUAGACGGAGACGGCGUUAAGCGAGAAGAUAGCAAGAUCGCAGCGAUUAGAGAUUGGCCCACGCCAUGCACGCUGACAGAGUUGCGCUCGUUCCUGGGCUUAGCUAAUUACUAUAGGAAGUUCGUGAGGAACUUCUCCACCAUCGCUGCGCCCCUUCGCGGACUGUUGAGAAAGGAGACCAUCUGGAAGUGGGACAAGGACUGUACGUCUGCCAUGAAGAAAUUGAAGCAGGCCUUGAUAGAGUAUCCAAUCCUUAAAGUCGCCGAUCCGUCCUUGCCUUUUGUCGUUACGACCGAUGCUAGUCAAUACGACAUAGGUGCAGUGUUAUAGCAAGACGAUGGCAAUGGGUAUAGACCCUGGAUGAGCAUCACCUCCGUCUCAGCAAUGGCCUUACAGGGUGUUGCCGACAUCAACAUGGUUUCAGCUGUGAGGCUGCUUCAGGCCUUGGUGUCAGCAUACUGCAUAAACAUUGCGAUUGUUGGCCUCAACCAAGUUUUCG